AUGGAAGAAACAACGCGGGAAAAAUUAACGGCCAACAUACGAGUGUUUCUGUUGAUAAUAAUGGUAACCUUUGUUUGCGUGAUUCCCUGCAUACAUUCUCUGAUAAGAGUUUGGGGCGAUCUGAUGUCGAUGACGGACAAUUUACAGUUCACUUUACCUUUAGUGUCGAUGAUACUGAAGCUUAUUAUCAUGUGGAGUAAAAGAGCAGCUCUUGCGCCACUUCUAUACAUGAUCGCUAAAGAUUGGCUGAGACUGAAGUCUGAUAAAGAACGGAAGACCAUGAUAAAAUGCGCACGGAUUCCUCGCAUGAUCAUAAUCUGCGGAUUCGUCAUAAUGUUCGCGUCGUUUAUUUUAUUAUUUAUUCUGCCGAGCUUUGGAAUCACCAUGCGAUACAUCACAAACGUAACCGAUCCGGGCAAACCAUUGCCUCUGCAAACAUAUUACUUCUACGAUACAGAUACGAGUCCGUACUUCGAGCUCACAUUCGUCGCACAAGGAGUUACUCUCAUGGUGUCUGCCAUGGGUUAUACGGCGAUUGACAGUCUCUUUGGAUUGGUGGUUUUCCAUGUAUGCGGUCAAUUGGAGAAUCUUAAAGACCGUUUAAUGAUGGGUUCUGCAAAAAUGUCAAAUUUCGAUCAUGUCUUAGCGGACGCUAUGAGGGAUCAUGUACGCCUUAUCAGGUUUUGUACAUAA